UGUGAAAUGAAAUUGGAAAAUAUAAAAUAUUGCAAAUACGAUCGCGAUCGUUUAGUCCCUUUCGUCUGCGAGACCGUCAUAUUUACUCCUUUUGGCAUUCCAUAUUUUCUUCGCUUCCCCCAACUCUCUCUCUCUCUCUGUCUCGAUCUGCUUUCUAUCCGCCAAAAGACACCAAAAUAAUUAAGGGAGAAAAAAGAUAUAUUACUCAAACUCGAAAAGAUGCACGAAACCCUACCCGAUUUUCUCGAAGAAUGCGAAUUCGCCGACACUUCAUUGGCCGGAGACGACCUCUUCGCCAUCUUAGAGAGCCUAGAAGGCGCCGGAGAAUUCCCUCCGGCCACCGCCUCCACGAAACCUCUCAAUGGAACCACGUCUUCAACCGGAGAUCAUCAAGACGAGAUCUCGCCGCCUGUGAGGAAGAGACAGAAACUAGAAGAAGCCGAUGGAGAAGAAGAAGAAGAAGAAUAUGAUGAUGGAGAAGAAGAAGACAAGAAGCAAGAUGGGCAGACAAAAAUGUCUCACAUUACAGUGGAACGUAACAGGAGGAAGCAGAUGAACGAGCACUUGUCAGUUUUACGCUCUCUUAUGCCUUGCUUCUACGUCAAACGGGGGGAUCAAGCAUCGAUUAUCGGAGGAGUAGUGGAGUACAUAAGCGAGCUUCAACAAGUUCUUCAAUCGUUGGAAGCGAAGAAACAGAGAAAAGCUUACGCAGAAGUUCUCAGCCCGAGGCUAAUCCCGAGCCCUAGACCGUCGCCAACAGUCCUCAGCCCUCGAAAACCGCCGCUCAGCCCUCGCCUCCUCCACCACCACCACCACCUGAUCCCACCCAUUAGCCCGCGAACCCCUCAGCCACUGAGCCCUUACCGCUCGCUCGCACCACCGCCACUACGUCCACCGCACCACCCUUACCAUGGCGGCGGCCUGGUGGUGGACCCUCCCUACUCGCCCUCCUCCUCAUCUUCCCCGAGCCGUUCGGUGAACAGUGGUGGCACCAUUCAUGGUCAUGGUCAUGCUCAUCAUGAGAGUGGUGUGAUCAACGAGCUUGUGGCGAAUUCCAAAUCGGCGGUGGCUGAGGUCGAGGUGAAGUUCUCUGGUGCGAACGUUUUGCUCAAAACGGUGUCGCAUAGGAUCCCGGGACAGGCCGUGAAGAUCAUCUCGGCUCUUGAGGAUUUAGCGCUUGAGAUCCUUCAGGUCAAUAUUAACACCGUGGAUGAAACCAUGCUUAACUCAUUCACCAUCAAGAUCGGAAUUGAAUGCCAACUAAGUGCGGAAGAACUGGCUCAGCAAAUCCAGCAAACAUUCUGCUAAGUCUACCACUUAUAAAGGAUAUAUAUAUAUAUAUAUAUAUCCUUUAUAUAUGUGCCCUCAAGUCCAGAAACCUAACAGUGAGAGACCAUUCACCUUGCAUCUUAUCCUUUGAUUAAUCUUCAUCCCAAAUGAUGAAGUCAUUUUAAUAAUUUUCAUAGACCAGAUUAGUUCAUAAAUAUAUAGGCAUUUUCCAUUUUUAUCAUCACGAGCAUAUAUAUAUAUAUAUAACAGCUUUAAUUAGCUACAUGUGACAUGUUCCAUUUAGAUUAUAGUGUGUACUGUGACAGUAACUCAUCCAUGUAAUUUCCUUUUUUAAUUAGCCAUUUUCUGUUCUUUCUUUUCA